AUGGAUGUGGACGUGGACAUGGACGUGGACGUGGACGUGGACGUGGACAUGGACGUGGACGUGGACGUGGACGUAGACGUAGAUGUGGACGUGGACGUGGACAUGGACAUGGACGUGGACGUGGACGUGGACGUGGACGUGAACGUGUACGUGGACGUGGACGUGGACGUGGAAGUGGACGUGGAUGUGGACGUGGACGUGGACGUGGAGGACUUGGACGUGGACGUGGACGUGGAUGUGGACGUGGACGUGGACGACUUGGACGUGGACAUGGACGUGGACAUAGACGUGGACAUAGACGUGGACGUGGACGUAGACAUGGACGUAGACGUGGACGUGGACGUAGACGUGGACAUGGACGUGGACGUGGACGUAGACGUGGACGUGGAUGUGGACGUGGUCGUGGACGUGGACGUGGACGUGGACAUGAAGGUGGACGUGGACGUGGACAUGGACGUGGACGUGGACGUGGACGUGGACAUGGUCCUGGACGUGGACGUGGACGUGGACAUGGUCCUGGACGAAGACAUGGACGUGGACGUAGACAUGGACGUGGACGUGGACGUGGACGUGGACAUGGACAUGGACGUGGGCUUAGAAAAUGGUGCAUCGGCCAUGGACAUGGACGUGGACGUGGACUUGGACGUGGACGUGGACGUGGACGUGGACGUGGACGUGGACGUGGAGGACUUGGACGUGGACAUGGACGUGGACGUGGACGUGGACGAAGACAUGGUCGAGGACGUGGACGUGGACGUGGACGUGGACGUGGACGUGGACAUGGACGUGGACGUGGACGUUGACGUGGACGUGGACGUGGACGUGGUUGUGGACGUGGACGUGGACGUGGACAUGGUCGUGGACGUGGACAUGGACACGUGGACACGUGGUCGUGGACGUGGACGUGGACGUGGACGUGGACGUGGACGUGGAGGUGGACGUGGACGUGGACGUGGACGUGGACGUGGAGUGGACGUGGACGUGGACGUGGACGUGGACCUGGUCGUGGACGUGUACGUGGACGUGGACCUGGUCGUGGACGUGGACGUGGACGUGGACAUGGAUGUGGUCGUGGAUGUGGACGUGGACGUGGUCGUGGACGUGGACGUGGACGUGAACGUGGACAUGGACGUGGACGUGGUCGUGGACGUGGACGUGGUCGUGGUCGUGGACGUGGACGUCGACUUGGACGUGGACCUGGACAUGGACGUGGAUGUGGACGUGGACGUGGACAUGGUCGUGGACGUGGACGUGGACGUGACGUGGACGUGGACGUGGACGUGGACGUCGACGUGGACGUGGACGUGGACGUGGACGUGGAGGACUUGGACGUGGACAUGGACGUGGACGACUUGGACGUGGACAUGGACGUGGACGUGGACGUGGACAUGGACGUGGACGUGGACAUGGACGUGGACGUGGACGUGGACAUGGACGUCGACGUGGACAUGGACGUGGACGUGGACGUGGACGUGGACGUGGACGUGGACGUGGAGGUGGACGUGGACGUGGACGUGGACGUGGACGUGGACGUGGAGUGGACGUGGACGUGGACGUGGACGUGGACCUGGUCGUGGACGUGUACGUGGACGUGGACCUGGUCGUGGACGUGGACGUGGACGUGGACAUGGAUGUGGUCGUGGACGUGGACGUGGACGUGGUCGUGGACGUGGACGUGGACGUGAACGUGGACAUGGACGUGGACGUGGUCGUGGACGUGGACGUGGUCGUGGUCGUGGACGUGGACGUCGACUUGGACGUGGACCUGGACAUGGACGUGGAUGUGGACGUGGACGUGGACAUGGUCGUGGACGUGGACGUGGACGUGACGUGGACGUGGACGUGGACGUGGACGUCGACGUGGACGUGGACGUGGACGUGGACGUGGAGGACUUGGACGUGGACAUGGACGUGGACGUGGACGUGGACGAAGACAUGGUCGAGGACGUGGACGUGGACGUGGACGUGGACAUGGACGUGGACGUGGACGUGGACGUGGACAUGGACGUGGACGUGGACGUGGACGUGGACGUGGACGUGGACGUGGUCGUGGACGUGGACGUGGACGUGGACAUGGUCGUGGACGUGGACAUGGACACGUGGACACGUGGUCGUGGACGUGGACGUGGACGUGGACGUGGACGUGGACGUGGAGGUGGACGUGGACGUGGACGUGGACGUGGACGUGGACGUGGAGUGGACGUGGACGUGGACGUGGACGUGGACCUGGUCGUGGACGUGUACGUGGACGUGGACCUGGUCGUGGACGUGGACGUGGACGUGGACAUGGAUGUGGUCGUGGAUGUGGACGUGGACGUGGUCGUGGACGUGGACGUGGACGUGAACGUGGACAUGGACGUGGACGUGGUCGUGGACGUGGACGUGGUCGUGGUCGUGGACGUGGACGUCGACUUGGACGUGGACCUGGACAUGGACGUGGAUGUGGACGUGGACGUGGACAUGGUCGUGGACGUGGACGUGGACGUGACGUGGACGUGGACGUGGACGUGGACGUGGACGUCGACGUGGACGUGGACGUGGACGUGGACGUGGACGUGGAGGACUUGGACGUGGACAUGGACGUGGACGACUUGGACGUGGACAUGGACGUGGACGUGGACGUGGACAUGGACGUGGACGUGGACAUGGACGUGGACGUGGACGUGGACAUGGACGUCGACGUGGACAUGGACGUGGACGUGGACGUGGACGUGGACGUGGACGUGGACGUGGACGUGGAGGUGGACGUGGACGUGGACGUGGACGUGGACGUGGACGUGGAGUGGACGUGGACGUGGACGUGGACGUGGACCUGGUCGUGGACGUGUACGUGGACGUGGACCUGGUCGUGGACGUGGACGUGGACGUGGACAUGGAUGUGGUCGUGGACGUGGACGUGGACGUGGUCGUGGACGUGGACGUGGACGUGAACGUGGACAUGGUCGUGGACGUGGUCGUGGACGUGGACGUGGUCGUGGUCGUGGACGUGGACGUCGACUUGGACGUGGACCUGGACAUGGACGUGGAUGUGGACGUGGACGUGGACAUGGUCGUGGACGUGGACGUGGACGUGACGUGGACGUGGACGUGGACGUGGACGUCGACGUGGACGUGGAGGACUUGGACGUGGACGUGGACGUGGACGUGGACGUGGACGUGGACGUGGACGUGGACGUGGAGAACUUGGACGUGGACGUGGACGUGGAGAACUUGGACGUGGACAUGGACGUGAACGUGGACGUGGACGUGGACGUGGAGGACUUGGACGUGGACAUGGACGUGGACGUGGACGUGGACAUGGACGUGGACGUGGACAUGGACGUGGACGUGGACGUGGACAUGGACGUCGACGUGGACAUGGACGUGGACGUGGACGUGGACGUGGACGUGGAGAACUUGGACGUGGACAUGGACGUGAACGUGGACGUGGACGUGGACGUGGAGGACUUGGACGUGGACAUGGACGUGGACGUGGACGUGGACGUGGACAUGGACGUGGACGUGGACGUGGACAUGGAGGUGGACGUGGACGUGGACGUGGACGUGGACGUGGACGUGGACGUGGACGUGGACGUGGACGUGGUCGUGGACGUGGACAUGGACGUGGACAUGGACGUGGACGUGGUUGUGGACGUGGACAUGGUCGUGGACAUGGACGUGGACGUGGACGUGGACGUGGAUGUGGCGAUGGAUGUGGACGUGGACGUGAACGUAGACGUGGACGUGGACAAGGAUGUGGACAUGGACGUGGACGUGGACGUGGACGUGGACAUGGACGUGGAGGUGGACGUGACGUGGACGUGGACGUGGACGUGGACGUGGACGUGGACACAUGGACGUGGACGUGACGUGGACGUGGACGUGGACGUGGACGUGGACGCGGACAUGGACGUGGACGUGGACGUGGACGUGGACGUGGACGUGGACGCGGACGCGGACGUGGACGCGGACGUGGACGCGGACAUGGACGUGGACGUGGACAUGGACGUGGAUGUGGACAGUGCAAAUAACAUGGACGUGGUCGUGAACGUGGACGUGGAUAUGGACAUGGACGUGGACAUGGACGUGGACGUGGACAUGGACGUUGACGUGGACAUGGACGUGGACAUGGACGUGGACGUGGACAUGGACGUGGACGUGGACGUGGACAUGGACGUAGACGUGGACGUGGACGUGGACGUGGACGUGGUCGUGGACGUGGGCGUGGACGUGGACGUGGACGUGGACAUGGACGUGGAAGUGGACGUGGACGUGGACGUGGAAUUGGACGUGGACAUGGACGUGGACGAAGACAUGGUCGUGGACGUGGACGUGGACGUAGACAUGGACGUAGACGUGGACGUGAAGGUGGACAUGGACGUGGACCUGGUCGUGGACGUGGACGUGGAGGAACAUGGACGUGGACGUGGACGUGGACGUGGACGUGGACGUUGA